AUGGGCGCGAGCGGCCGGCCGUUGCAGUGGCGGGUGCCCGCAUUAAAGGGUACAAAGGCCGUAGACGCGCGCCUGGCCAUCUCGGGCGUGACGACAGUCACGCUGUCAGCUAACCGCUUGUCGAUGAUCCAACACUCGGGCUGGAACGAAAAAGGGCGCGGGGGAAAAGGUCAUGUCGUGAUGCAGCCAAAAGACGGGAACGCCAACGCUAUUCCCGGCAAGUACUGCCACGUCGCCGACCACCCAUGCCGCCCGGCUCCACCUGGCGCCGCAACACGGACCCUGCCGGCGGCACUGGUCGCAGAGCCUCAUAGAUGGACGCCCACAGGUACCUGCACCCCUGGAGGGCCGGCCCUACGCUGA